GGUUGUCAGAACGGUCGCCGCCGGACUGGGGCGAGGCUGCGUUGCUGAGUCUUGGCCGCCCGGGGCCCGCAUAAGGAUGAGAGUGCAAAGGACGCAGGGCUGCUGGAGGCGCAGGAGCCGCUAGCUUCUUCCGUGCCCCUCCGCCCGGCUGCGUUCCUGGCCCCGGAGACCAUGAGGUUCCGUAUCUACAAGCGGAAGGUGCUGAUCCUGACCCUCGUGGUGGCCGCCUGCGGCUUCGUCCUGUGGAGCAGCAAUGGGCGACAAAGGAAGAACGAGGCCCUCACUCCGCCGCUGCUGCAGGACGCCGAGCCCGCGCGGGGUAUGGGAGGUCGGGGUGGGGAGCACCCUGCCGUGUCUGUGGGCAUCCGCAGGGUCUCCAACGAUUCGGCGGCUCCGCUGGUCCCAGCGGCUCAGCAGCCAGAGGCGGACAACCUGACGCUGCGGUACCGGUCUCUAGUGUACCAGCUGAACUUUGACCAGACGCUGAGGAAUGUAGGUAAGUCCGGCUCCUGGGCGCCCCAGGAGCUGGUGCUGGUGGUCCAGGUGCAUAACCGGCCCGAAUACCUCAGACUGCUGCUGGACUCACUUCGCAAAGCCCAGGGCAUUGACAAGGUCCUCGUCAUCUUUAGCCACGACUUCUGGUCGACAGAGAUCAAUCACAUAAUCGCCGGAGUGGAUUUCUGUCCGGUUCUGCAGGUGUUCUUUCCUUUCAGCAUUCAGUUGUACCCCAACGAGUUUCCGGGCAGUGACCCCAGAGAUUGCCCCAGAGACCUCGAGAAGAAUGCAGCCUUGAAGAUGGGAUGUAUUAACGCCGAGUAUCCCGACUCCUUCGGCCAUUAUAGAGAGGCCAAGUUCUCCCAAACCAAACACCAUUGGUGGUGGAAGCUGCAUUUUGUAUGGGAAAGGGUCAAAGUUCUUCAAGACUACAGUGGCCUUAUACUUUUCAUAGAGGAGGAUCACUACUUAGCCCCUGACUUUUACCAUGUUUUCAAAAAGAUGUGGAAAUUGAAGCAGCAAGAGUGUCCUGAGUGUGAUGUUCUCUCCCUGGGGACCUAUACUGCCACUCGCAAUUUUUAUGGCAUUGCUGACAAAAUAGAUGUGAAAACUUGGAAAUCCACAGAGCACAAUAUGGGUCUAGCCUUGACCCGGGAUGCAUAUCAGAAACUGAUUGAGUGCACAGACACUUUCUGUACUUAUGAUGAUUAUAACUGGGACUGGACUCUUCAGUACUUGACUGUAUCUUGUCUUCCAAAAUUCUGGAAAGUGCUGGUUCCCCAGGUUCCUAGGAUUUUCCAUGCUGGAGACUGUGGUAUGCACCACAAGAAAACCUGUAGGCCGUCCACCCAGAGUGCCCAAAUUGAGUCACUCUUAAAUAAUAACAAGCAGUACAUGUUUCCAGAAACUCUAAUUAUCGGUGAGAAGUCUACUGUGGCAGCCCUUUCCCCACCUAGGAAAAAUGGAGGGUGGGGUGAUAUUAGGGACCAUGAACUCUGUAAAAGUUAUAGAAGACUGCAGUGAAAAAUUACAAUUACAAAAAAAAGAAAGAAAAGGUGACAGUGUUCUGUUUUUGAUAUUUGUUCAAACAGGAUAUACAGUUGAAUAAAAUGGUUUAGGAACUGGUUUCUGCUUUAAUACAAAAAAUUUCUUGUAAAAGGUGUCCAAAUAUAGUAAUCAUUUCUAGUUAUAUCUGAUUAAGAUUUAAAACUGACGUUUUCAUUUUAGGGUUGCGUUUUAAAGCUCAACCCCUAUCUGUUAAAGGUAAUCGUUAUUGUUAAUUGAUAAGAGAGAAGAGGGGGAAUCUUAUUAAAUUACAUCUAUUAAUCUUUUUAUCUGAAACUUUGUACACUUUUCCACUUUCAAAACUUAUUUUAAAUACAGCAAAAUUUGUUUAAAACUAUCGUAGCAGUAAAAAGUAUUAUACUGAAAUUGUUAGAGUAUUAAUGGAACAAGCCCAGUUUUACUCUUGACAGUUAUUUGGAAGGCAUUCUUUGCUGGUUUUAUAAUUCAAAAGUUAUGUUUGUUAAACACCCUGUCAGAAGAGUCGUUUUCAGUAUUACAGAUUCCUGUACUAUUGUGUUAAGAUUUGCCUGUGCUUUGGAACUUUCUUUAGAACACACUUUCUUUUGGAAUGUAUUUGAUCAAUAAGAAAGUUUAAGCAUUGUUUUCACUUCAAUGUAGAAAUACAGUGGGUUUUUUUUUUUAGUGCUGCCAAAAUAAAAUACUCAUUUUGCAUAAAAA